CAGCAACGUUCGUGGCUGUGCACCCCAAUUUGCAGCAAUGCUAAGCAUCGAAAGCUACUGUCUGAUUGAGCCACGGCAGAUCAUACAGCGGUACUGAGCUUCAAUCUCAUUUCUUAGCAGCACAAUACAGAACCAUGCGUGCUGUAUCUACAGCGACAGUCAUCGCUGUCGAAUGGACAGUGCUUGGCUUUUGUCUCGCUUUGAUACUGGCACGCCUCUACCUUCAGUUGCUCCUGCAGCGGAAACGGCUGUUUCUAAGCGACUAUUUCAUAUGCCUUGCGUGGCUAAGCGGAAUAUGGGGAGCAGCUCUCGACAUCGAGCUAAAAAAACUAGGGUGGUUGAAUCCAUCAACUACUUGGCUCAAGUUCGAAUCCAUCGCAAACAGACGUCAUCUAACGCAAAAGCUACUAUUUAUUUCAUGGUUUCCUCUCCUAACGACACUUUAUCUAAACAAAAUGGCCCUCCUUAGCCUUUUCUUCCAUCUUUUCCCAUCCGUUUUCCGGACGAUAUACUAUUCUUUGUGGAUAGUUACAAUCUAUUCCGGGCUAUCUUAUUUUGCAUCUAUCUUAUUCGUGUCCCUAGCUUGUCUCCUAAGCAAGACACAGGAGCCUAAUUUUCCUUUCUGCAACGCUCACUCUUACUUUACCUUUUGGGUUGCCACCUGGGUGCUUCACUUCUCUUCGGAUGUAUUCGUUUUCGUCUUGCCCUUUCUUAUACUGCGCAACCUCCGGCUCAACUGGAAGAAAAGAAUUGGGCUUUGCAUUACGUUUGGAUUCGGUCUAUUAAGCAUAACCGCCUGCCUUCUGCGCUUUUUAAUUGUUUUAUUGACAUAUCCAAACGUGUCAGCCACAACCACCGAGCUUUUAUGUGCUAUUGAUUCUUAUGUUGGCAUCGUGGUUGCAUGUCUUCCAUCCCUCCGACCAUAUCUUAACCUGAAGCAUGUCACUUCACAACACCCCCGUCCUAGCGCCGACUCGCGGAAAUGGCAUUUCCUUGGUACAUCUUGAAGAUUAAAUUGUUGACUUACUAUAUACUUGAGGUCUCUUGUCGGAAAGAGAUAAGGUGAUAUUAUAGCUCAAUUUCUUGGGCUUAAUGUGUUCAUAUAUUUGAUUCUUUUAAGCUUAGUCAAUGUAUGUAUAUACUGA